CGGGGCACGCGUCAAAACUGCUAUGAAUUAGCAUCACUAGGGACAACAAAACGGCUUAGUUUGAUCAUGUAAAAACCUUAUUAGCGCAUUUUUACUUUUACGUACACUCUCCCGACUUUAGACCACUUUAACUUUUAUGUAUUUUUAUUAUAUCUCGCUUUCUCGCUUCCUGGUUUGUUCGCUAUYCACAAACGCUAAUGGUUAGCUUUAAUAGACCUUAGCAUUCGCUACAAAGAAAGUUUCUGUUGCUUAAAAUUGUCAGAAUGGCCAUGUCGGAGACAAAUAACGGUUGGUCUGGUGGAGAAGAAGAAGAAGAAGAAGGGGAGGCAGACGUCAUUGCGAAAACGUGUGUUUUGAGUGGCUUCAGUGAGAGCAGCGAGACCAGAAGCCUCAUCUCCAGCCUGCCAGAAAUCCAUGAGGACCAGAGGACCACUGAGAUUACGAUUCAGAGAUUCUUAGUGAUUAUGAACAAUUAUCAAGAGCAGCCUCAUCUGCUGGAUCCACAUCUAGAAUGGAUGAUGAACAUGUUAUUGGACUUCAUAAAGAAUGAAAACUCUCCACCUUCAUUGAUCCACUUGAGCUUCCAGUUUCUCAGUAUCAUGUGUAAYGUCAGAGGCUUUAAAGUCUUCAUGCAGCUUUUUCCUCACGAGGUGUCUGACGUCCAGCCAGUCCUGGAGCUGAUGUCCAAACAGGAUCCCAACGAUUUGGAGACUUGGCAAACACGCUACAUGUUGUUGUUGUGGAUGUCCAUGAUCUGCCUCAUACCCUUUGACCUUUCCCGUUUGGACGGCCAUCUCGAGUCAGAUGGUGGUAAGACCAGAGAACCCACCAUGUAUCGUAUUCUCAAUAUUGCAAAGACUUAUCUACUUGUCAGUGACAGUCCCAGGAAUGCUGCAUCUGUACUCAUAUCAAAGUUUAUGACACGCCCCGAUGUGAAACAGAAAUGCCUCGGAGACUUCUUGGACUGGAGUCUCACCAUAAUCUCUCAGACCAGUGACUGCUCAGUGAGAGACAUUAUGGUGCUGGACGGUGCUCUGCAGUCUUUGGCGAAGCUUUUUAAACAUGGAAAACGAGAUGACCUGUUACAGUACGCUCCUGCAAUUAUGCAGUGUCUGGAGCAGAAACGUCUGUCAGAAAGUAGUGAGGGAAAGCUGCGAAAGCUGAGUGUCAAACUCAUUCAGAGGCUCGGCCUCACCUUCCUCAAGCCACGUUUAGCUGCUUGGAGAUACCAGAGAGGCAGCCGCUCCCUUGCAGCCAAUCUCUCCAUGUCCCAGCCUAUCACUGAUGCUGCCACUCUUGAGGCUGAGACACAAGAACAGGAGGAGGACUAUGACAUUCCAGAGGAGCUUGAGACUGUUAUUGAGCAACUGCUGGUUGGAUUGAAAGAUAAGGAAACGAUUGUGCGCUGGUCCGCAGCAAAAGGUAUUGGGAGGGUGACUGGAAGGCUUCCCAAAGAGCUGGCAGAUGAGGUGGUUGGAUCAGUACUUGACUGCUUCAGCUUCCAAGAAACGGAUAAUGCUUGGCAUGGAGGCUGCCUCGCCCUGGCAGAACUGGGUAGGAGAGGACUGUUGCUCCCUUCAAGGUUAACUGAUGUCGUGCCACUUAUCAUCAAGUCCCUGACCUUCGAGGAAAAGAGGGGAGCGUGCAGUGUUGGUUCCAAUGUGCGUGAUGCUGCCUGCUAUGUGUGCUGGUCUUUUGCCAGAGCUUAUGAACCAAAAGAACUAAACCCUUUUGUCAACCAGAUUGCAAGUGCUUUGCUGAUCGCAMCUGUCUUUGAUCGAAACAUCAACUGCCGUCGCGCUGCCUCCGCUGCCUUUCAGGAGAAUGUGGGCAGACAGGGAACCUUCCCCCAUGGUAUUGACAUCUUAACAGCAGCAGACUACUUUGCUGUAGGAAAACUCAAUAACUGCUAUCUGAACAUUAGUGUAUACAUAGCUGGUUUCCCAGAGUACACCUACUCCUUGAUAGACCAUUUAAUAUCCAUGAAGAUCAACCACUGGGAUAGUGUGAUCCGAGAGCUCGCCACUAAAGCACUCCAUAACCUGACGCCUCAAGCACCUGAUUACAUGGCAACAAAAGUUUUGCCACAGCUGUUGACCAUGGCGGUGGGCAUGGACCUCCAAGGUCGUCAUGGAGCCAUCCUGGCGUGUGGAGAAAUCACACAUGCUCUGUAUAAACUGGGCCUUCAGACCAACAGGACCGUGGUGGACAUCAUUUCUCAAGAAAAUGUAGACGCAUUAAAGAACAUCCACAAUCAUCUGCUUGAACGAAAACAAUACAGGGGCUUUGGUGGAGCACUAAUGAGACCAGCAAUUUUCAGCCUAAUAGAAAAGCUGUCUCUGUCCAAAAUGCCUUUUAAGGAUGACCCCAUCAUCAGCGGCUGGCAGUGGGUCAUCGAUGACACCAUUCAGUCACUUCAGCUCUUUUCAAGUGGUGCAAAGGAUGGCAUUACUGCUGCAGUAGUCUCAGCUCUGUCUGCUUUGUGUGAGGAGUACUACCAGGAUGAAACAGGCCAGGUUGACACUCAAAUGCAAGAUGUCCUGGUAUCCCAGUACAUCAAUGGGCUGGAGAGUCCACAGAUUCUCARUCGAAGUGGAUCUGCUCUGGCCCUCGGCUGUCUGCCAAGAGUUAUGAUCCACGGCAAACUGAAACAGAUCUUAGACGGUCUUCAGCAGAUGUGCACCGUCACUCAAAAGGAGGGGAAUUUCACAGAGGCGAGGAGAGAUGCAGUCAGAUCAAUAGCUCAAGUGUGUAUGAAGGCAGGUGUUUGUGCCGAAGGAUCCCCCGACUCGGUCCUGUGCUCGCAGAAUAUCACAGAUGUGUACAGCGUUCUGCUCAGCAGUCUCAAUGACUACACGUCAGACAGCAGAGGGGACGUAGGAGCCUGGGUGAGAAAAGCYGCAAUGACCAGUUUAAUGGAACUAACCUUGUUAGUGUCGAGUGAAGCUCCAGAGAUCCUUUCAUCAGACCUGGUAAAGCCCAUGAUGUGCUGCCUGGCCCAACAAGCAGCAGAGAAGAUUGACCGCUACAGAACAUAUGCUGGCAACAUUUUCCUGCGCCUCCUACACAGCUCGGAGCCUGUAGUUCCUCACAUUCCCCACAGGGAGGAGCUGUUGAGCAUCUUACCUGUCGAGACCUUAACCACUCUAAACUGGAACGCUCCAUCCCAAGCUUACAAGUACAUCGCACAGCUGCUUGGAUUGCCUGAGUAUCAGUACCACACCCUGCUGGGCCUCUGCGUGUCCGCGGGAGGGAUUACGGAGUCCACAGUGCAUUUCUCCUCCCAGUCGCUGUUUGACUUCCUGAAAGGGAUUCAGAACGAUGCUGUACUUUUGGCCCAGUUUGGAGAUACGUUGCUGAGGAUUUUCAGGGACAAUCUCCACAAUGAAAGAGUAUGUGUAGCCUUACUUAGAAUGCUCAGUCAGAUGCUCGCUAACAACUGCUUUGAAAUCUUCACUGCAGAAGAGGAUCAUCCGUUCUGCGUGGAGCUUUUGAAUCUUUGCAAACAGUGCAAGAAGUCAAAAGAUGUUUCCAAGCUUCGUGCCUGCAUCGACGUUUUCUGUGAGCUGAUCCAGUUCCAGGGAGACGUGAGGAAGAAAGUUUUGGUCCAGCUGCUGUUGCUGCUGUGCCAUCCAUUCCCUGUGAUUAGGAAAAUCACAUCCACCCAGAUGUACGAGAUGCUUCUGACCUACGAUGAUGUCACUGAUCCAGAGGUGUUAGACGAUGUCAUGACUUUACUAAGUGAUACUAAGUGGGAAAGCGACGUCGCCACAGUGCGUCCACACAGGAAUCAGCUUUGUGAUUGGUUAGGAGUCCCCAGACCGCGGCUAGCUGCCAAGGGUCCAACCCAGGUUUCAUGAUGCGUCUAAAAGCAGCAGGAACUGACUGAAAACACACUGCAAAUGUAGAAAUGSACUGUAAAAUGUUCUUUUAUCUGUUCUUUGUCAGUCUGCAAAAAUAACUGGAUGUCAARAGCUGCAUUCUGUCAGUUUAAGGCAAUAAAAAUGCAAAAAAAAACA